GCGGCUGAGUCAGCUGGCCCUGGUGGGCGCUGGGCACGGCCUGGCACGGCUGCCCCCCGGCUCUGCCUUUCAGUAUUGUGACGCAGGGAGAAAGGUCCCUUGUGUGGUGCACAAAACCAGCCUGUGGCGCUGCCCUGGGCUCCGGGCCGAUCCUUCUCACCGAUUGCCGGCGGGUCUCCCCUCUGCCCCCAGCCAUGGGGCUGGGUAGCCUGAAGCCAAUGGGCCAGCAGGGCCCCUGACUGUCGCUGCUGGCCAUGGGCUGUCGAACACAUGGGGAUCAGGGCUGGGUCAGCCAGGCACCGAGCCGGGACUCGGGGCCUGAGCCACCCGGUGCCCCGCCCGACCCAGCCCUGCCAUGGAGCUGAGCUCCUGGGGCCCGCUGGGAGCUCCCGUCUCCGCAGGCACCUGACGCCGGCCGGUCUUGCCCUUCCCACUGCCCAGGAACCGCGAGCGAGCCGGCCCUGGGAGCCCCUGCACCGCGCCCCCGCCGCCGCCAUGGGCAACAUCUUCGGGAACCUGCUGAAGAGCCUGAUCGGCAAGAAGGAGAUGCGCAUCCUGAUGGUGGGGCUGGACGCGGCCGGGAAGACCACCAUCCUCUACAAGCUGAAGUUGGGCGAGAUCGUCACCACCAUCCCCACCAUUGGGUUCAAUGUGGAGACUGUCGAGUACAAGAACAUCAGCUUCACUGUGUGGGACGUGGGCGGCCAGGACAAGAUCCGGCCCCUGUGGCGGCACUACUUCCAGAACACCCAGGGGCUGAUCUUCGUGGUGGACAGCAAUGACCGGGAGCGGGUGAACGAGGCGCGCGAGGAGCUGAUGCGGAUGCUGGCCGAGGACGAGCUGCGGGACGCCGUGCUCCUCGUCUUCGCCAACAAGCAGGACCUGCCCAACGCCAUGAACGCGGCGGAGAUCACGGACAAGCUGGGCCUGCAUUCCCUGCGUCACCGCAACUGGUACAUCCAGGCCACGUGCGCCACCAGCGGCGACGGGCUCUACGAAGGCCUGGACUGGCUGGCCAACCAGCUGAAGAACAAGAAGUGAGCGAGAGCCGCCCGCCCCCCGCACCGCGAGGGGCCGGGCGGAGCCGCCCUUCUGCCCACCCCCUCUCAGGCUGGCAGGACCCGUCGGCUCUCCCCCCUCCCCCUCUCGUUGGGUUUUGCUUUCUUUCUGGCACCGGUUGCUGUGGGUUUGAUUUGGGGUCUUGGUUCUGGUCCCUCCCCUCCCCCGGGGUUUGCACGGAUCUCAGUGUGUGUGCGCGUGUGAUGAAUAUAUCGAUAUAUAAAUAUUUAUGGGGGGCGGGGGGCAUCUGCUUCCGUGCUGGGGCAGCCCCCUGCCGCCGGGGCGGGGGGCACCGACUGCCCCGCGUGUAGCAGUGGCCUUUCUUUUGUGUUGUUUUUAUGUUGUUCUUGGUGCCCUGUGACAUGACACGGAGGUAAAUUCCUCAAGGCAGCUUUAAGCUUCUGUGUAGGGGGGGCUGCUGGUCUG